CGGCCCCUCAAGGACGGCUGGCAGCCCGUGACCCCCACGGCCAUCCCCACAUCGGCCCUGCCUGUGAGGGGCUUUUGGGGAGGGUUUUAGGGGGGCACAACCCCCCCCCCCCUUUGAGCCUGUCCCCAGGGGCAGGACACGUGUCCCCAGCCCUGACCCUGAUGCCUCCUGUUGCUUUCCCAAGGUGAGGACGGGGGGGAUGGUGGGAGAACCCCUGACCCCAGCAGCUCCCCUUCUCCUCCCCCAGCUCCACCAGGACCCUCCUGCUCAGGAUCUGACCCCAUGGCCCCCCAGGGGCUGCUGCUGGGUGUGCUGGUGCUGGCGGCUCUGGGGGCCGGGGCUGUGCCGGAGGACGCGGCUCAGGAACACGGCUACUACCUGCAGCAGCUCUUCGGGCUCUACGGGGCCAACGGGACGCUGCCCUCGGAGGGGCUGGCGAGGCUGCUGGGCAGCCUGGGGCUGGGCAGGGUGAGGGUGGUGCAGAUCCAGCACGAGGAGCUGGGCCACGGCCACGUCAGCCACCUCGACCUGCUGGAGGUGCAGGAUGAGAAGCAUCGGCACCGGCACCCGCUGUGGGAACACGACGGGGACCCGGCUCCCAGCACCCCGCUGCCCACCCGCAGCCCCAGCCCUCAGCUCUCGCUGACAAACAGCCCAAGGAAGCCACUGCCUGGUGUGGGGGUCACCCCUGGUGGUCGUGGGGUCACCUCUGGGAGCCGUGGGGGAGCCAUGGGGUCACCUCUGGGAGCCAUGGGGUCACCCCUGGUGGUCGUGGGGGUCACCCCUGGUGGUCGUGGGGUCACCCCAGGGGGCCAUGGGGUCCCCCCACCCCCCCGUCGGGACCAUCCAGGGCUGAGCCUGCUGGGGAAAGUGCUGGGCUUGGAGCACUCCAGUGAUGACCAUCCCCACGAUGAUUGUCUCAACGUGACGCAGCUGCUGGGGAGCUUCGGGCUGGACGCGGUGGCUCAGCUGACCCCGGAGCAGUUCAGCCUCCUCUGCCCAGCCCUGCUCUACCAGAUCGACAGCCGGGUCUGCAUCCAGCACAGCGAUGAGCUGACGCUGCUGCCUCCCUCGGGGCGGGGGCUGUGGCCAGCGCUGGGCUGGGGGCUCCUGGCUGUUGCCUUCAUCAGUUUGCCGUCUGCCCUGGCCGUCGGCCUCGUCCCGCUGCUCAGCUGCAGCUUCUUCCACUCGCUCUUGGCCUUCCUGGUGGCCCUGGCCGUGGGGACCCUCUGCGGGGAUGCUCUGCUCCACCUCUGGCCCCAUGCGCAGGGGAGGCACCAGGAGGCAGCGGCAGGGCUGGGAGCGGUGCAGCAGGGGCUGGCCGUGCUGGGGGGGCAUCUACCUGCUCUUCCUGCUGGAGCUGCUGCUGGGGUGCUGCGGCACAGGCGGGAGCACACGGGACAGUCCCCCAGAGAGACCCCCGAGGUAGCCAUGGGGGUCUUGGCACCACUGCAUGAAGAGGCUGAGCUGCAGCAGCUGGCAGCACCAGAGCUGGAGCUCAAACCCCACCACGGACACCCCCCUGGACACCCCCAGGGACACCCCCAGGGACACCCCCAGGGACACCCCCAGGGACACUCCCACAGCCCCAGGCUGCCCCCAGGCCCCGGGGCCGCUGACAUCGUGUGGAUGGUGGCGCUGGGCGACGGGAUCCACAACCUGACAGACGGCUUGGCCAUCGGUGUCGCCUUCUCCCACGGCUUCUCCAGCGGCCUCAGCACCGCGCUGGCCGUGCUGUGCCACGAGCUGCCCCACGAGCUGGGCGACCUGGCGGUGCUGCUGCGGGCUGGCACAGCCCCUCGCUCCGUCCUGCUGCUCAACCUGCUCUCGGCGGCGCUGGCUGGUGCUGGGGCGGCUGCUGGCGCUGCCGUGGGGCAAAGCGCUGCCCAGCUCACGCCCUGGAUCCUCACCGGCACCGCCGGCGUCUUCCUCUACGUGGCCUUGGCUGACAUGCUCCCUGAGGCUCUGCGUGGUGCUGAGGGCCCUGGGCAGGGCACCUGGGGCCGUUUCCUCCUGCAGAACGUGGGGUUCCUGCUGGGCAGUGGCACCAUGUUGGGCAUCGCUCUGGCUGAGGGGCACGUCCAGGCCUGGCUGCAGCCCUGAGCAGCCCCAGAGCUCAGCCCCACUCAGCCCAGCACACACCAGGAGGAGCAGGAGCCACGGCUGAGCUGGGAGGACGGACAGUGGGAGCCCCAGAUGUGCCCUCAGGACUUUCUCCCCUCCCAGCACUGCUGGGACCCUCCGUGGCUCAGCUCCCAGGUCCCUGCAGCCCCUCCAGCCCCAGGGGAUGGGACAUGGGGUCCCCUCAGCACCCUGGGUCCUGUCUGAGGGGUGAGUGGGGCUGGGAGAGUGGAGGGGGACCCUUCCCACCCCCCCAGCUCAGCCUUUCGAGGAGGAUGGACGCAA